AUGGCGGCGGCCGGCGGCGGCCCCAUGCGGCUGCGGCUGCUGUUCGAUUACCCGCCGCCCAGCAGCCCGGGCUGCGCGCUCUGCUGGCUGCUGCUGGAGCCCGGCCAGGUGCGCCUGGUCACCGACCUCGUCAGCCUGAUCCGCUACAGGUUCGGCUUCAGCCAGGGGGCCCGCCUCAGCCUCUUCCUGGAGGGGGCGAUGCUGCCCCUCACGGAGAGCGCCCGCCUCGUCCGGGAUAACGACUCGCUCAGAGUAAAAUUGGAAGAGAUAGAUGAUGGCUUCUCUGAUACACCAGAAGAAGACAAAAAAAGGCAUAGACCAAGGCAGGAAGAGGAAGAAUUCUGUAGAAAUAAAGAAGACAGGCAUAAAAGGGAAAAGAAAAAGAAUAAACUGAGUACUGAGUAUUCCUCCUGUAGGGAAGAGACCUCUGUAGAUAUUUGGGACUCUCAAAAAAGGUACAAGAAAAGAAAAAGAAAGGAAGAAGUUAGUGGAAGAAAUAAACUCACAGAAGGUAAGGAAGAGAGCUCUACUGACCAAUCUAAAAAGCUUAAAAAAACUGAGAGGGAGAAACAGUUGGCAACAAAAAAGAAGGAUGAAAAGCAGGAAAAGGCCUCUGCAGCAAAGAUGGCUUUAGAACGGACAAAUUCCCUAAAUUCUGGUAAAAAUAAAACAAAAAAAAAGACAACAGAGUCCAGAAAAAAGAGGGACUCUUCAGAUUCCUCCAGCACGUCGUCUGACAGUGACAGCAGUGAAUUAAACAUAAAGCAAAAUAAAUCUCCCCAUAAAUCUAUAGUGACAACACUUCCCAAAGACAAACCCAAAGCUGCUGCAAAUUCUGACGUGAAAACUGUUGUUUCUAAGAAAGUGACUGUAAAGCCUAAUGCUGACAAUUCCACUAAGACUGCAAUUAAUAAAAACGCUGAAAGAUCCCAAUCCUCUAGUUCAGAUUCUGACUCAAGCUCAGAGGAUGAGGAAGUGGCAACAACACCAGCCAGUACUGCCAAGGAAAAGUCACUGCCCAACAGUGUGGCAGCUGUAAAAACCAGCACCACCAAGGCUCUCAGAGCAGAGACCUCCUCUUCAGAGUCUGAUAGCUCAGAUUCAGAAACACUUAUUAAAAAACCUGCAGCAAAUGCUGGAGUGAGUAAUUCCAUAGUAAGAAACUGUACUGAACAGUUGCCAAACAGUGUUCAAGGACCACUUGCCAGCCCAGGUCGUGGAAGGGGGCGUGGAACAGGAGAGGAUAACUUCUGGAGAGGACCUAGGGGCCGUGGGUUUCGUGGGAUGAUGAGGGGCCAAGGCCAUGGGAGAGGAGCAAACCCUGGCUUCUUCUAUAACUACAGCAGUGAAGGCCAGAAACAGAGGCAGUUAAAUGAAGCUGUGACAAACACUUCUGUUCUUGUCCAGAAUCCUGUGGAGCUCCCCAAGAGAGAUUACAGCGUGUUACCUCUUCUGGCUGCCCCGCCACAAGUGGGAGAAAGAAUUGCCUUUAAGCGCUUGGAACUAACUGAAAAUUACACUCCUGGAAUUUCAGACUAUAAGGAGGCAAAAAUAAUCAGAUGGAAUGCUGAUCAAAAGCAGAUUGAGCUUGAGAUCCUUUCAUCAGCAGGACAAGUUGCUAAAGAGCCAGGGAAAUUCGAUCUGGUUUACCAGUCUGCAGAUGGAGCAGAACUGAUAGAGUAUGCUGUUCCUCAGGACACAAAGAUAACUGAAAGUUGGGAUGCACUGAUAGAGCCAAGACUGAUUGUUGAGCCUCCAGUGAAUGGAUCCAGCAUUGAAAACUAACCUAAGAUGUGAACAAAUGUAAAUAAUUGUUUGGACUUGUUUUGUGAAAUGCUGCCUUCCAGUUCUGAAGGCAGCAGAUGCACUGGUAGAUAUUUUUAAUACGUUGUUUUAAAAAUAAACUAUGCUGAAAGAAAAAGAAACACUUUUUUUCUUAGGAUAUGUUUUAAUGUAAUACAGGAAUAAUUGGUUUAUUAUAGGAAGUCUUUAAUAUAGAUCUGUGUUUGUUGGGUUUUUUUGAAUAGAAGCUUAAUAGCAAUUUUUGUAUCCUGCUGCCAGCUGCAGAACUGGAAUGGUUUAAUCAAAAAUAAAAUCCAA